AGCAGCCAUCAUCAGUAUGUCGUACUUAGUGAAAGCAGUCUCCCUUAUUUUUUUACUGAUCGUAAUUGCAAUUACAGCAGAAUGUGCAGUGGUUACGUCUACGCAUACGAACCGUAAACGACCACGGCCUUCGAAUAGUCCAAACUCAAGAAUUGCUUGUGACGUAAGCAUCCGCAAGAAUCUGCCUUUGAACGCUCCGGUUUUCUCCAAGAACGGAGAGUUGGAAGUCCCUUCCGGAGGUGUAUUUGAAUGGGAGCAGCAUGAGUCCGUAGAUGUCCUCUGUUAUGAUCGAAAUAACAAAUUGGUUAAUACUAAACGCCCACAGGACGCUGUCCAACGUUACAACGGACAACGGUUUAGAGUGGGUCCCAGCAUCACCACCAUCAGUGCGAUCGAAUGCGAAAAUAAAAAUACAGGAGAUGUUGAAGCUACGAAACUCCCCUGUGCUGGUUCCGGGCUACUGAGGCACGUUGGUUUUCGAAGUAAAACUGAAUUCCUCAAACUGUAUGAAUCCUGCGUUGAUGAAGCGAAAGCUGCGGUCCUCUACACACACCAUAAACUGUACGGCACGGAAAUUAAAAGUAAAACAAUUUCAAAACGGGUGGAUUUUAAAUCUGAAAGUUUUCCAAGGUCAACGAACCCUCGAACAGCGUACACCCAAAACGAACAAGUUGACAGACUAGCCAAAUUGCUGAAAUCUCCAUCUGCAGCCAAGAAAUAUGUCAACGCAACUUUGUUUCUCCAACGAGGUCACCUAACGCCAGAUGGAGAUCAGCUGCUAAACACUUGGCAAUGGGCGACUUAUUUCUAUAUCAACGUUGCACCGAUGUGGUCAACAAUCAACACUGGAAGUUGGAAAAAGCUGGAAGAAACUGUGCGUGAGUUUGCUAGUCGCAAUCGGUUGACUUUGGACGUUUACACCGGUACGGACGGUGUUCUACAACUACAAGGUGUUCCGUUCACGUUGGACAGAAGUAAUCGCAUUCCAGUACCACGCUGGUUAUGGAAGAUUGUUAAGCAUCAAAACACAGCUAUUGUAUUCGUUGUGAGCAAUAAUCCGUUCCAGAAUGAUGCAUUUCCUUGCGGCAGCAAAAAUGUGGGUUACAAUUGGCUGCUCUCGGGUGUUGUCGAAAAAAUGGCUUUCUGCACCGUCGCGGAGGCUCGCCGACAUUUUAAAUCGAUUCCUAGCGAAGCCCAGGCAAGCAAUGUACUGAAAUAUAAAUGAGUAAACAUCCUAUUUUGGUAAUUAUUCCUGCUGUUGAACUGUAUUCGCAUGGGAAAGUUUUAGACUGACAUUGCAAAAAUUAGCGACGUGUCAUUCAAGGUCAUGCUAUUUACGUUAACACCUUUUUUCUUUUUUGAAGUGGAAAAAGAACUUCGGAAAUCAUACUUGCAUCA